CACUUGUACCUCUCAGUUUCCCUCAGUCCUCAGUAUGUCUGUGUUACGCUCAAGCAGUGGGUCACAUUUUUAUUUUUCCUAAAAAUUUUAUAUUUUCCGAGUUUUUCGACGAGUUUUCCGGAGUGUAGAUUUUUUUUAAUUUUUUGGAGUUUUUAAGAAAAUAUUUUUUAAUCAAACAUAGAGUGCGACAUGAAUGUCUAGGUCAAGGAAACCCAUUACCGGCGUCUACUAAACUAAAACCGACGACCAAUAAUAAUAAUAAUAAUAAUAAUAAUUUGAAGAGAAUUGCGUCACAGUUUGGGUUACGUAAAUAGUGUUUAAGUGGAUUAAAUUUAAAAUUAUAAAUUUUUUGGACUGUGUUGCAGAUGGGAGAGUAAUUUAGAAGUCAUAUGAAAAUUUAGUUAUUUGUUUAUAUUUUUGUAAUGGACGAGUGAAUUCCCGAGGAUGGCCGAUCGUAGAAAAGCUGAGGAAAACCUCCGCAAGUGUUGAUAUUUUGGAACUUGGUCAGGUGAGAUGGAGGACUCUUCGCCGAGAAUACGCCCCUAUCUUGACUGCUGGGAUGAAACACAAGACAAACUACAGAACGAUGACAAAUACUCAGUAGCAAACAGCCAAGCGCCGCUCCAAGAUGGCGAAGACGAGCACCCGGAACGGGGCACCUGGACCGGAAAAUUCGACUUCCUCCUGUCCCUCCUGGGGUACAGCGUGGGCCUGGGGAACGUCUGGCGCUUUCCCUACUUAUGCUAUUCAAACGGAGGUGGCGCCUUUCUGAUCCCCUUCACGGUGAUGCUAAUAAUCGCGGGGCUCCCUCUGAUGUUCAUGGAACUGUCACUGGGGCAGUACGCGAGCUUGGGCCCAGUCGCGGCUUAUAAACGGUUCUCGCCGCUGCUCCGCGGACUCGGUUAUGGAAUGGUCCUGGUCAGCUCAAUUGUAAUGCUUUAUUACAACCUGAUCAUAGCCUGGACGCUCUAUUACAUCUUUGCUUCAGUUAUCGGUGGCAGCAAAGUUCCUUGGAGUGAUUGCGCCCCAGAAUGGAGCACAGAGGACUGUAUCGACCCAGUCAAGGCCGAGGACUGUGCGAAUAAUAAUAACACUUACUACAAACGGAAUUGUUUGAACAGUACGCAGAUGUCGGCGAUGAAUUUGACGGUAGAAAAUAUUACGUCGGCUUUGAGACGACCGCCUGCUGAGGAAUAUUUUGAGAACAAUGUUCUUGGAAUCAGCGAAGGAAUUGAAUUCACAGGAACAAUUAGAGCUCCAAUGGCUGCGUGUUUAUUAUUAGCAUGGCUAAUUGUUUUUCUGUGUUUGAGCAAAGGCGUCCAGAGUUCUGGCAAGGUCGUUUAUUUUACAGCUCUUUUUCCUUACGUGGUUUUGAUCGCGCUGUUCGUACGAGGAAUCAUGCUUCCUGGAGCAAACGAAGGGAUCCUCUUCUACCUGACUCCAGACUGGAACCGCCUGGCGACUGCAAAAGUCUGGGGAGACGCUGCAGUUCAGAUUUUCUUCGCCCUGAGCCCAGCCUGGGGAGGACUGAUCACUCUUAGCUCCUACAACAAGUUCGACAACAACUGUUACAAAGACUCGCUGAUUGUCGCUGUUAGCAACAUCGGUACCUCUUUUUUCGCUGGACUGGUCAUAUUCUCAGUGAUUGGGUUCCUGGCACAUGAAUUGAACGUUCCAGUUGCGUCGGUGGUUGACCAGGGGGCUGGACUUGCAUUCAUUGUCUAUCCAGAGGUUGUGGCGCGACUGCCGAUUGCUCCGAUCUGGUCACUGCUGUUCUUCGUGAUGCUGCUCACUCUGGGACUGGAUUCCCAAUUCGCACUGAUGGAGACUGUUACUACUGCCAUCUUGGACGGAAUUCCAGCACUGAGGAAUUUCAAGGUCUGGGUUGUUCUGGGGGUGUCUGUAUUUGGGUAUGCUGGAGGCAUUAUUUUUACUACUAAUGCAGGAAUGUACUGGCUCCAACUAAUGGACAAGUACGCUGCAAACUGGUCAGUGCUCCUAAUAGCAAUCACCGAGUGCAUCCUAGUAGCCUGGGUAUACGGAGCAGACCGGUUUCUAGAUGACGUCCAGCUGAUGAUAGGCCCUAAAAGCAAAUGCUGGAAGUUUUUCUGGAAAUGGAUGUGGAAAGUAGUAACCCCUGCUGCGCUCUUUUUUAUCUUGUUCUUCAACUGGGUGGAAUACGAGCCAGUUACCUACGGAGCUUAUGUUUACCCUAAAUGGGCUGAUGCUGUUGGGUGGUUGGUUGGGCUCUACCCGGUUUGCGUGAUCAUUGUGCUGGCAUUAUUUCAACUCCGGAAGCCCAAGAGACGCCCGUAUGAUGAUGAUGAUGAUUUUGACGAUCCCAGGACCUCGACUAGCUCGGAAACAGUUAGAGGAAGUGGGAGUGUCUGGGAACGGGCGAGGAUUCUGCUACAACCAACUGCGGAUUGGAAACCGGCUUCGCAGAACUCUGUUACGCCUUCUAGGACUCUGACUAACCCGAACUCGUUAGGACAACAUGGCUACGAAUCAGUGCACGACACGAUAAUCCUGGUGAACGGGCAGCCAGUGAUCCAGCCCUCGCAGAAGCUCCCAGGGCCGUCGAUCCUCAAGAACUCCAGCAAGGUCGACCUGAUAACCUCCCAGCAAGUCUAAGGUCGGUAAUGUAGCUAGUUACCGACCGUCGGUAACACUUAAGCUCCCUUAAAGUAAGUAAAUGUCCGUGUAUUUUGCUCAUUAGAAACUAAAAACUUAAUGAAUUGAUUAAAAAAGCUAGCGCUAGAUGUCACUGUUCGUUCAUCUCGCCGAGAGGUUGUAUCUCAUGUCAAUAUUGUGUCUCGACACCUCGCUUACGCCGAUCGACUGUAAAUAGUUUUAAAAAACAAUAAUAAUAAUUUAACUUUAAAUUUUGUUAUCGACCGAGCUCAUUUGUACAAAUGAUAAUUAUUUUUUUUUGAAGAAAAAAAACUAUAUAUACAAAUACUUACCCAAAAAUGUUCAUAUAUAUGUAAUUAAUGUUCAAAUAUUUAUUAAUUACUUUUUAUGAAUGGACUUGCAUGUUUUUACGUGUUUAGUAUUAAUUAUAAUUGAUAAUAAUUGUAGAGAGGGAUAGAUUAAUAUUUUUUUAAUAAUUAUUUUUUAAGAAUUUUUUUUAAGAUAACAUUUUAUCGCGGGUCGAUAUGGAAGAUUGUUAUCAUCUGUAAGUUAUUUAUCGGCUGUUGGUAAAUAGAGUCUGAAUUUACGAAUUAUUUUAAUUACGAAUAAUUACAACGCUUACUGUGAAUUGAAGCGCGAAUCAAAGAAAUAAGAUUGUAAGUACAAACCUGGUCGAUUGACAAUUAUUAUCAAUAAGAUUUAAAAAAUUGCCUGAAAAUCAACCCUGACCUCGUAAAAAUAUAUAAAUUAUUAAUAUAUAGUUAAUGUUAUCAAAUGGAUAUAUAUAUAUAUAUAUAUACAUAUUGUAAUUAAGAUUGUAAUUGUUGUUAGAAUACUUUUAAUGAAUAAAAAAAUUGAUUUUA